GUGCGUGUGUGUGUGUGCGUGUGCGCAUGGUUGUAUGCAUGUGCGUGUGUGAGAGAGCGAGAGCGCGCGUGCGUGCGUGAGUGAGUGAGAGUGUGUGUAUAUGUGUGUGGGUGUGGGUGUGUGUGCGCUCGUGUCACGUGAGGGAGUGAUGUAUGGAUUGCGAGUGAAAAAAAUAGAGCAAAAUAUGAUCACAACUUUUUUCGGAAGUAGUUUUGUUUUCAGGGCAAAUUUGAGCUUCGGAUAGGUUGUUGCAAGGAUCUUCAAACACACACACACACACACACACACACACACGCACACACGCACACACACACACACACACACGCACACACACGCACACACACACAGUCCGGCUUGUCACACAAGAUCUCCUGCAAAAGUUUCCCAUCGGAUCUGGGGGUUGAAGAUGUCCUGCUAAAAGGAGUUUCCAGCUCAUUUCUUUGUGCUGCUGCUGAAGGCCAUAAACAGGAAGAACAAUCCGGGUUGUUGUGAUCCAUCUCUGCUCUGCUUUCUCUUUGGGUUUCCUUUUAAUAUCUCUGUUGCAAACUGAUGAUCAUCUGGGUUCAUAGAUGAUCUAUGAGCUGAAUGUCUACUCCAUACUCCAAGCAUGGACGUGUUGAGGCAGAAGUUUGAAUAGGAGCUUAAAAACAAAACAUAAAGAAAGAAAGAAAUCAGGAUCAUCAGCAUGCUGAAGACUUUAACCAAAAAGCUUAGAAGACAUUCCCUCAAUGAAAUCCACCCUUUUCAGCUUAAGAUUUCCUACCAUGGCAGUGAGGACGGCGGAGAGAGCGAAGAUUCUGAAGGAGAGAACCAAGAGUUGGCACAGAUCGACCGAGAACGCCGCAGGAACUGUGUUUUAACUCCUCUGGCAACCAGUCAGCAGCCUAAUCAGGGCUUACUUUCUCCCAGCCGUGUUUGCCGUGUGCGGUUGCUACUAGAGCCUUCCAUGGAGCGCCAUAGCUCUGAAGAGGAGCUUGAGCGUAUAGCGGGCAUCGCAAGCUCUGCCGGUGCCGAUGCAGGAUGCAGGUGGCACAGACACGGCGAGCUCAGCAGCACCUCCAGUGACGAGGAGGUGAAGGACCUGUGUGAGCCAGGUGCUUCCCCUAGCCCUGUGCUGUUCAGCUCGUCUCCACCUCGAGGCCUCAAACCCACACACACCUCUACACGAAUACACAACAGACCCAUAAUCCUCAGCCACUUCGAACAGCCCACAGUGCCAUACUGGAGACAUCGGAGAGAACCCGGGCGUCCGAGUCUGGACCUAGAGAAGAUGCAGCAGAAAAUGCUCUUGAAAAAGAAUUGUGGUGGGAAAACAAGGACAAUCAAGAUCCGGAACCUGACCGGCACUCGUCACCCUCCCAGAUACUCUUAUGAUCCCUCCAUUUUUGCCUUUCGCUCUCUGAGCACCGCCCCUCCGUGCAGUCCCCUGCUCUCCACCGAGGAGCCUCCAUGUGCUUGAGGGAAGCCACUGGACUUUAAGAUGAAACAGCACAGAAUGUUGGACAGCACAUACUAUUUCUCAUAUUAGGACAAGGACAGUUUUAUUAUUCUUUUCUUUAGCAGGGUUUGAACCCAAACAAAGUGCCCAAGUUGACAAAACAAGAAGUCCCAAGAUGUAGAGGAGCAUCAGGGAAUUGGGUGAUGUUGUUUUACCCUUACUGGCUGACUGACCAUAUCUCAGGAAAAUAAUCCUUUAACACUUUCUACACACAUACGGCCAUGGUCGCUGUAUUAGUACAGAGCCACAACAAAAAGAUUAAUUCUGCUGAAACUGCAUUUUGAAUAAUUUUAUGGUUCUUGAAUAACCCCACACAUCUGGCUAUUUCCUGAUAUUCAGGUAUAGUUAUUCAAUUGCCAUUGUACUAUGUGCAUCUUGCAGAAAGGCUACACAGAGAGCUUUAGGCUGAAAAGGAAAUGUGAUGCAGCGUGAUUUGUAAUGUGAGGAUGGAUUUUAUUGAAAGAAUGGAUUUUUUUCCCCCUUUGGCAUAAAAGGUACAGUAUUACUACAAUUGUUACCAGAGAGGCUGAAAGUCUACACUUCCUUGCACUCGUAAUAAUCAAAAAUUAAUUAAAUUCCUGUAAACUCAAUAUCAAUGGGUUAUCAUUGUCUGCCAUAGUGCUUGCCUGAUUUGUACUGUUCACUGACAACAAGAAGGGGAAUAAACAAGGAACCCUGGUACUUGUCCAGAUUUAGUCAGACCAAAGCCGGUUUUACACUAUGCGAUUACAAUGGCCUUUUUAAUUACUUCAUCUCAUGCAAUAGAUGAUCCUAAUAUAUUUUUCCUGAACUAUAUACAAGACUGUGCAAUAAUGUGUAUAAGUUAGUUUAUAUGCCCAAAGUCAUUAAAUAAAAUAACUAGGUUCUGCUAUGGGGGGGCACGGUGGCUUAGUGUUUAGCAUGUUUGCCUCACACCUCCAGGGUUGGGGGUUUGUCUCCAGGGUUUCCUCCGGGUACUCCGGUUUCCUCCCCCGGUCCAAAGACAUGCAUGGUAGGUUGAUUGGCAUCUCUGGAAAAUUGUCCAUAGUGUGUGUGUGAGUGAAUGAGAGUGUGUGUACUGCGAUGGGUUGGCACUCCGUCCAGGUUGUAUCCUGCCUCGAUGCCCGAUGACGCCUGAGAUAGGCACAGGCUCCCCGUGACCCGAGAAGUUUGGAUAAGCGGUAGAAAAUGAAUGAAUGAAUGAAUGAAUGAAUGAACUAGGUUCUGCUUACAUUAUCAAUCAGUAUGAUGAGAGCUCAUGCAGAAAAUGGGGUCAUGGGUUUGGAAACAUUAUUCAGAGUAAGCUAGGGGUGAUGGGGAUACCUUUUCACAUAGAUUUCACCAUUGCCACUAAAGUAUUUGGAGCGUUCCUGUGAGUUACACAUUAAUAUGUAUUACCUGUUGGAGGGUUUUAGAUGAGCUGCAUUUCAGCACAGAGAUUUUAAUGCAAAUAACUUGUAUUGUCUGCCAUCGUAGGUGACGACGGCACUAAAUUUGGUCCUGCACUCAACUGAUGACCAAAGGAUUAAUGUGAUUUAAUGUUUGUGUGCAACAGCACAAUAGGCCAAAAUUGUACAGCGUAAACCCGGCUUACACAUGUGAAUCUGUCUGAUCCAGCGCAGGUUAAGGUCAGAGAAUGUACUCCGUGUUAUGUGCCUAAUAUUAUGGAGAUGCAGGAUAGAUGCACCUUUACCACGUUUGAAUGUUUUGGACCACGUACCAAAGUCAAUACUUAAUACUCGUCAUAAUUCAUCAUUACCCCUUUCCUGGGUUAAGUCUAAAUUCUCUAUUGACAUUACUCUUUCACUCUUGAAUUGUUUUGGUAAAGAACAAACACAAUGUUGGAUAUGAAAUACGUUUUGAAACAGGUUUUGUUUCAAGUUUUUUGCAUAUGUAAUUGUGUAGGUUUUAAAUAUGUUAACUAUGUACUGUAUUGAUUUAUACCUAGCUUUUCAAUGAAUGUAGCCUACUCUUGUAGUGGUCGAUAUAAGUGUAGGAGAGCUACAAGGAACGUUUUGUUACUGGUUCCACACUUUUAAUCUAGUUACCCAUUCAGAUGUAUCCACGCGGAAUGAAUAUAUACACCUGCCGGUCGAACAGUACCUACACAUUUGUAACGUAAGAAGAUUGUAGACUUUUUUUUUGCGCCAUGUUCCAGUGAGAUAAAUAAAUGUCUCUUGGCUCCAAUAA